AGCCCAAGGCAGUAUCUGAAGAAAGAUGAACGAAUUAUGAAUCGAUUCGAAAGGUUUUGAAAACAAAGUACAAUCCAAACUGCAAUAUAAUCUCCAUCUCAUAGAAAUUGAAAUUGAAAUUGAAACUGAACCUGUUAUUGCUGUGAGAAAGAAUGGCGCAAGAUUCUGAGAAGAGGUUUCGUUCGAUCAUGGAUAAGCUCUUCCAUUCUUCCAAAUCUCCGUCCAACACCUACAGCAGUUCAUCCGGUGGGGUGCAAUUAUCAAAUUCAAGGGGUAAGAAACGUCCUUAUCAAUCAAUUGUAUCAGUAUCAGGAGUAGUGAUGGAUUGGAGAGGGGAUGACCAGUCGUCAUCUUCAGCUGCAGCACCAGAACUUCAACCUCAUCAUCUCUGUCGACCAUGGGAUCGUGCUGAUUUUAUGACCAGAUUAGCCACUUUCAAAUCCAUUUCAUGGUUUGCUAAACCAAAGAUAGUAAGUGCUGUCAAUUGUGCUAGAAGAGGUUGGAUCAAUGUUGACGUUGACACCAUAGCCUGUGAAGAAUGUGGGGCACGUCUUCUGUUCUCUACACCAGCAUCUUGGAAUCACCAACAGGUGGAGAAGGCAGCUUUGGUCUUCAGUUUAAAGCUGGAUAAUGGACAUAGAUUACUUUGUCCAUGGAUUGACAAUGCCUGCAGUGAAACAGUCGCACGAUUCCCUCCCAUAACUCCUCCGUUAUUAGUUGAUAAUUUCAGAGAGCGUUGUUCUGCUCUCUUGCAAUUGUCAGCUCUUCCACGUAUUUCAUCUUCAGCAAUGGAACACAUACAAAGCCCGCUUCUGGAUAACUUUCUUGGACAAUCAUUGACGCAGGAAUCUGGAAAUGGUUCAACCGAAAAUUCUGGAAUGGAAGAUGCCGGUAGUCAAGAGGAAAGGAAAUUGUAUUACCAGGCUCAAAAGCUAAUAAGUUUAUGCGGUUGGGAACUUCGUUUUUUACCUUAUGCAGUUGACUGCAAGAAUGUAUCAGAUCAGUCUCAUAAAAAUUCAACUAUUCUAUACUGUCCUCAAGUAGUUGCUGAUCUGAAGAAUAACAAUCUCACUGCCUCUUCUGCUGACAAUAAUGAAAGUUUGAAAAUGGAUGAAAAUUCCAAGUAUUCUAUUGGGGAACAAAUGGACCCCAAUUCUGCAGUUUUAGAUUGUUCCCUGUGUGGAGCCACUGUUGGAUUGUGGGCUUUCUGUACAAUUCCCCGGCCUGUAGAAUCAGUCAGAUUAGUGGGAUAUGCAGAAGUGAAUGGUGAAAAUGAUUUUGUGAUACAGAAUUCGUUAAAUAAAGAUAAAAAUGAUAUUGAAAAUAGGCAGGGGGUAAAUAAUGCUGUGUCCGACAUUGCUAAUUCAUCAAAGGACACAUCUUCCAGUCUAAAUAUGACAAUUGCAGGGGGUCCUCCCCCAACAAAGCAAACCUUCAGAGCAAUAAUAUCUCUACCUGUUAUAGGUCAGAAUUUAAGAGCUCGUCUUUCUUAUGAUUAUGAUAUUAGAGACCAUGUUUUUGUUAAUCGGGGCGGUAUUCAGUCAGAAUCACAGGAGAUCAGGAUUCAGGAUAAAAUUGAGAACACGGUUAAUGUCUCUAGUGAACAAUCUGUUCCUGUGUCAAGAGAAACUUCAAAUUAUGAGACUGGCUCUCAAGCAAGCAUUCGUGACAUGGUUGUAGACAAUGUUUUAGAGGGCACCCAUUCUGCAGUACAACCUUCUGGUGUUAAGGGAAAGAUGCCUGUACAAGCAGAAACUGAUGGAUUGCCAAGUAGCUCUCAGAAAGACGUGGCAGGAGAUGAAGCACUUUCUGUUUCACAUAAGACCAAAGAAGGCAGUAAUGUUGAAAGUUGUGGGGCCAAAGAAAGAGUAGAGAAUCCCAUUAACAGUGAAGAUGUACAUAAGAGUUUAGGGAAGUUUAAGAAUUCAACAGUGUCUGAUAAAGCAAUGGAAUUUGAUCCAAUCAGGCAGCACAGACACUUCUGCCCCUGGAUUGCAUCGGAAGACGAUGGAGAGCCUGGGUGGAAACAAACAUUAUCUGCUCUGUGUCGUCCAAAAGAACAUUUGCCACAUUCUCCUAAUACAUCUCCAUCAUCUAUGCCCACUAUUAAGGUUGAUGACCCUGUUGGUUCAAUCAGAAAGCUUUUCAAUUCUCCACCUUCAAGAAGAAUGAAGCUCACUCACAUUUCAAGCCAAAAUGCAGAGCAUAGUUAGCUUAGACCCAGGUGUAAGAUUGGUCUUAAUUCAAGAAACCCUAAACCAUUGUAUACUGCAAUUUUUCUUGGCAUGUUAUUCCAUUUGAAAACCAUGUAAGCUGUAAUUUAUGUAUUAAUAGCUCAAUUGGUUUUUCUUUAGAUGAUGUUGGACCAAUCACCCUCCUAACAAAAAAAAGUAAUUUUUUGCACC